CGGCGCGCAGACUCGCGCUCCGACAGUGGUGCUGGGAGUCUCGUGGGUGCGGUGCCGUUACUCGCAGUCGGGCGGUGGCGCGGGCGGCGGCGGCACAGCACAGAGCGCACACCGCGCCUUAGCAGCGGUUGAAGCGGAGGCACCCCCGCCGUCACAGCCCUUGCGCUGGUGCAUCCACCCUCGCGCGCUCUGCUCUUCCUUCCUUCGCUCGCACCAUGGCUGACCAGCUGACUGAAGAACAGAUUGCUGAAUUCAAGGAAGCUUUCUCUCUAUUCGAUAAAGAUGGUGACGGCACCAUCACAACAAAGGAAUUAGGAACUGUCAUGAGGUCACUGGGUCAAAACCCAACAGAAGCUGAACUGCAGGAUAUGAUCAACGAAGUGGAUGCUGAUGGUAAUGGCACCAUUGACUUCCCAGAAUUUUUAACUAUGAUGGCUAGAAAAAUGAAAGAUACAGAUAGCGAAGAAGAAAUCCGUGAGGCAUUCCGAGUCUUUGACAAGGAUGGAAAUGGUUACAUCAGUGCAGCGGAACUACGUCACGUCAUGACAAACUUAGGAGAAAAACUAACAGAUGAAGAAGUAGAUGAAAUGAUCAGAGAAGCAGAUAUUGAUGGAGAUGGACAAGUCAACUAUGAAGAAUUCGUACAGAUGAUGACUGCAAAAUGAAGACCUACUUUCAGCUACUUUUUCCCCCCUCUAGAAGAAUCAAAUUGAAUCUUUUACUUACCUCUUGCAAAAAAAAAGAAAAAAGUUCAUUUAUUCAUUCUGUUUCUAUAUAGCAAAACUGAAUGUUAAAAAGUACCUUCUGUCCACACACAAAAUCUGCAUGUAUUGGUUGGUGGUCCUGUCCCCUAAAGAUCAAGCUACACAUCAGUUUUACAAUAUAAAUAAUUGUACUACCUUAAUGAUAAGGAAGCACUUAGUGGACUCCUUAAAGUUCCAUUUGCUAAUGAUUAAUACACUGUUUGGGCUGGCCAGUUUUUCAUGCAUGCAGCUUGACGAUUGAGCACAGUCAAGCAUUUGUAUUAAAAUCGAAAAACGAAAAAACGAAUUCAAAACCUAUUCAGAUGGGUUCAAGUUUAAUUAGUUAGUACAAAUAGUCAUGGCUGGUUUACUGAAAACAAACACAUUUAAAAUGGGUUUACCUCAGGACGAUGUGCAGAAAAUGGGUGGAGGAUAAACUGUCGAGAUGCAGCCCCAGUGGUAGGCCGAUCCUCUUGUACUUCCCUGUGCUCCGGCCCAUGGUGACAGUGACACACAGUGGUGGCAGGCCUCCGAAUGGGGGUUUAGCAAUGUCUGCAUUGUACUAAGGUGAAAUGGGUGUCAGGCUGUCACACUCACAAAUUUUUAAUAAGAAAUCUUUUACAAGGGAGCAUCUUUGGACUCUGUUUUUAAAACCUCCUGAACCAUGACUUGGAGCCGGCAGAGUAGGCUGUGGCUGUGGACUUCAGCACACCCGUCAACAUUGCUGUUCAAGAAAUUACAAUUUACGUCCAUUCCAAGUUGUAAAUGCUAGUCUUUUUUUUUUUUUUUUUUUUCCAAUAAAAAGACCAUUAACUUAAAAUGGUGUUAAAUGCUUUGUAAAGCUGAGAUCUAAAAGGGGACAAGGCACUUGGAGGGGAGGCCAGUGCACAUUUAAAUGCCCACAGCCUAGUGAUGGGUUUCCCUCCCUCCCAAGAUCCCAGCACCAACCUCUGAGCCUAAGACCCUGCCUCAAAGCAGGCACGUAUUGGUCGCUUUACCACACUUAAUCGACACGUAAGUCUAGUUGUGUUUUCUCUGGGGGGAGGGGGGAGGCAAGUCACGGUAACUUACUGAUCUAUUGAGGCGGUAGAGCUCUUACUGAAGGAAAAAACCACUUUCUCAAGCAUGUAUUUAGGGGUUCUUCUCAAUUGUGCUGCUGAUUACCUGUUUCAUGUAACUACUUGAGACCAUCUGUGCAAGAGACAUGAUUUAGUGUGUCUGUAAUUCAAUCCUCGCCGUGUGUGGUAGAAGCAGUAGUCCUUUUCUAACUAAGCCAGUCUCUUCAUGCCUAAAAGACACUAUCAGCCCCCUUUAUUUGCAGUUUAAUUUAUGAUUAUUACCUUAGCUUCGUUUUCCUUUCUUCUGUUUUGGUUUAAAGUUGACUUGACUUUGGUUUUUCCCCCUCCCCCCCUCAAGUAGAACUAAUGCUAAGCCUCUGGCUGGAAAGUAAAACUCCGACCCAGAGUGAGUUUCGUGUCUAAUUAUAAACCUGUAACCAAAACCCAGACAUGCUGGUACUGGUCUUUGCAGUGGGAUUGGUCCAUUGAAAAAGCCCCCUUACAAGCAUCCUGCAUUUAGUGCAGGGCUCUUUUGAAAUGAAGGCUGGAUGUGCAUUUUUCAGGGUGUUAACUGGUUGUAUCUUCUUAGCAAGGAGAUUUGAGUUCUGUGUGUUUGUGUGGGUGGUUUUAAUUUGCCAGGGGAUGGUGGCAGGCUGCUAGCGGGCAGUGAUGAGCUCUUGGCAGCCAAGUGGGUGCAUUCGGGGCUGAUUUAUAGAGACCCUUGGCUUCUCCUCCCUCUCCUACUCCCUGUCUUUCUGGCAUUUUGUAGCUUGUUAGAUUUUCUGCCAGAGGGGUGGGUUAGAGCCGUGGAGAGGACACAUUGCCACCGUGCUACCAGUCCUUGGACUGCGUGGUUGGUAGAGGAGAGGUUGACCCCAUGAAGUAAGGUUGGCGUUCAUAAUUCUCUGAAUCUGUGAGGAACACCUAAGAAUCCCUUAGUGUUUCUGUUCUGGUGAGAUGGGGAGCUCUGAGGGCUCCUGUGCAAGUCUAUGACCUGGGUGUUUCUCGUAGGGGGUCAGGUAGCCCAGUUGGCCCGGUCGCAGGCCUGUGGUCAAUGAAUGACCUCUUGGUAGUUUCAAGGGGGAUGGGGGGUGACUUGUUUUUAAAGACUUCCCUUCUAUCUUACCCUUUUACCAAGUCUUUCUGGAAGCUGGGUGGACUCCAUUUUAAUAGUCCCACAGUGUAUCCUGAAAGACGACCUUUGGAACAGGAUCCUGUGUGGAAACCAGGGAAUGCUGAGUUCCAGUUGGGAGCAGAGGUGGGGUAGUGUCUCCUGGCGCCUUUCUCCUGGCACGUGGGGGCACGACCAGCCCAGGGGUUGGGCGGUAGCAGUCUGUGAGUUAGGGAGAGGAAAGAGCUUGGUGUCAUGGCACCUUCCUGUAAACUUGCCCCUACUUCUAACUACUCUAUAAAUAUAUACAUAUAUUUAUAUAUAUAAAAGUGACUAGUUUAACUGGCAUCCUGCUUUAGCCUGAGACUUGCCAUAAGAAACUGCUGAGUACUUGGCAAACCUUUUCAUAGUUUCGUUCUCCAUCUGUUCGGGGUAGGUGUUGAGCAAGGCAAAUGGAUCUCGAUACUCAGAUGGGCUUUUGAUGCACUGUUGCCAGGGAAGGCUUUUUCUGAUUUUUUGACAAACAAAUUUUUGCACACUUUAAUUGGUGUCUUUCGGCAAUUUGAACACAUUGAAGAUGAGCUAUUGUACAUAUUUUUAUAUUCUCUUUAUAAAUGCAUGUCCGACUGUACUUGUAACAAUAUUGUAAUGAAUGGCUCUCCAGUAGGCCUAGCGCUGCUGUCACAUCAGAGGAAUAGCAUAUUAUUGGCCCCUCAGCAUCCUGGGAACUGCUUCCUGAACAAAGAAUGUAAAUUUGGUCAAGUCUACUCUUCAUUCAAUUAUUUUAACCAUUUGGAUUAUUUAUUGUAUAUCCUAAAUAUAUUUAUCCUUUUGGCAGUGACUAGAUCUCCACUAAUGUGUCUUAAUCCCUUCAGCUGGCAGUUAACUAUUUUUUUUUUAAUCCCUUGAAGUUGUCCUAUAGGAGACAGAUUCUUUGCUGUCUAUUCCUGGGAGUGGGAAGGUAGUGGCAUGGGUGGAGUGUGUGUUCUUUCUCCAAAUCUAUUAUAAUGUUCAUUAAACACUUCUGUAGCAAAGAUGGUGGUGGUUCUUUCGUUACUGAAGUUGCCCUUCAACAUGGCUAUUUGAAAAGGAGAUGUACUUGAACGUUUCUGUAAAUCUUGAGAUGAACUGUUAACCACCUCUCUGAUGGGGGACCAACUCUAUGGAAAUUGUAAAUAAGUUUUAUUUAUAAACCUGGCACUGUAUUCAAUAAACAUUUCUGCAGCCUUUCAUCUCUAA